GGGGCGGGCGGCCGGGCGGCAUGGAGGAGCUGAGCAGCGUGGGCGAGCAGGUCUUCGCCGCCGAGUGCAUCCUGAGCAAGCGGCUCCGCAAGGGCAAGCUGGAGUACCUGGUCAAGUGGCGCGGCUGGUCCUCCAAGCGCUGACUGUUGAGUCCUCUUGUGGCCUGCUGUGACUCGGGGGCUUGAGGUGGCAGCUUUGCCUGUGGGUUGAGGUUGCAAGACUGGCUUCAAGGGCCCCUGGGACCUAGACAUAACAGCUGGGAGCCAGAGGAGAACAUCUUGGACCCGAGGCUGCUCCUAGCUUUCCAGAAGAAGGAGCAGGAGAAGGAGGUGCAGAGCAGGAAGAGAGGUAAGAGGCCAAGGGGCAGGCCCAGGAAGCACACUGUGAUGUCAUCCUGCAGCCGGCGCUCCAAGCUCAAGGAACCAGAUGCUCCCUCCAAGUCUAAAUCCAGCAGUUCCUCCUCUUCCUCUACGUCUUCCUCCUCUUCCUCAGACGAAGAAGAUGACAGUGACCUGGACUCCAAGAGGGGCCCCCGAGGCCGUGAGACUCACCCCGUACCUCAGAAGAAGGCCCAGAUCCUGGUAGCCAAGCCAGAGCUGAAAGAUCCCAUUCGUAAGAAACGAGGCCGCAAGCCCCUGCCCCCAGAGCAGAAGGCAGCUCGGAGACCUGUGAGCCUGGCUAAGGUGCUGAAGACCGCCCGGAAGGACCUGGGGACCCCGGCCAGCAAGCUGCCUCCUCCACUCAGUGCUCCCGUCGCAGGCUUGGCAGCCCUCAAAGCCCACACCAAGGAGGCCUGCAGUGGCCCCAGCGCCAUGGCAACCCCAGAGAACCUGGCCAGCCUGAUGAAAGGCAUGGCCGGGAGCCCUAGCCGCGGUGGCAUCAGCUGGCAGAGCUCCAUCGUGCACUACAUGAACCGCAUGAGCCAGAGUCAGGCCCAGGCUGCCAACCGACUGGCGCUCAAGGCCCAGGCCACCAGCAAGUGCAGCCUGGGGCUGGACCUGAAGGUGAGGACACAGAAGGGGGAGCUGGGGCUGAGCCCCACAGGAAGCAAAGUCCCGAAGGCCCCUGGCAGUGGGGCUGCAGAGCAAAAAGGGAGUAGUUCAGGGGGUCCCCAACAUAGCCACAGUGGGAGCAAGGUCCCUGCCGGGGGUUCGGGCUCCCAGCUGACCCCUACUCAGGAGCUAAGCCUUCAAGUCUUGGACUUACAGAGCGUCAAGAACGGCAUGCCUGGCAUGGGCCUGCUGGCCCGCCAUGCUACGGCCACCAAGGCCAUCCCUGCCACCGGGAAAGGCCCUGGUGGCGGCCCCACAGGAGUGAGUGGGACCAGCAUACCCACAGACACCAGCAAAGGCGAGAAGCUGGCCUCCAAGGUGGCAGCUCUGCCCGCCCCUUCGUGCAAGAGGGAUAGUGUCAAGGGCAUUGCUGCCCCCGGUGGGCAGGAGGGCCACACAGCCCCGGGAGAAGGCCGCAAGGCACCUGCGCUGUCUGAGAUGAGCACAGGCGAGGAGAACAGUAGCUCGGACUCAGACCCGGACUCAUCCUCACUCCCCAGUGCUGGGCAGAACCUGUCUGUAUCUGUCCAGACCAGCCAGGACUGGAAACCUACCCGCAGCCUCAUUGAGCAUGUCUUUGUCACCGAUGUCACAGCCAAUCUCAUCACUGUCACGGUGAAGGAGUCACCCACCAGCGUGGGCUUCUUCAACCUGAGGCAUUAUUAAGACUGGCCUGAGUCAGGCCUGCCUUCCAGUGUCUGAUUUGCUUUGAUGCCUGACCCAGGGUGCCAGCCCCACUGUGCCCUGAGACUUUGGGCUGGGAACUGCCUUCCUUGCCCUGCUGGAGCCUGGUUUCCCUGGUGAUCCUACCUCUCUGGACCUCCACAUCACUCUCCUCUGUAUCCUGUUGCCUCAGGAAAUCUAGGUGGCCAGUGGCUCAAGGCUUCUGCUUGGACCAAGCAGUUUCCUUUAAUUCAUGCCCCUCCUUGGCCUAAUGAGACCCUUCUCUUCCUUACCCCUGUUUCUGCUGAUGGGUCAGUCUGUGGAGGGGGUUCUGGUACAGCUGAAUCUUUCCCCCCCAUGGGGGGAGAGCUGGAGCAGGCAGGACCCCACCCCCAGCAGUGCCAGGGCCUUCAUGGUGAGGUAAGGAUCCUGUCCUUGACUGGUGAGCCUGGGUCCUCACUGGAAGGGGAUAAUUAGUUGGAAGGGUGAGCCCGGAAACCCUGCAGAGGUCUGGUUCAAUGUGUCUGUUCCUGGUGCAGUUAUAUCUCCAGCCACAAGCCCAGCCGGGGUUUGAGGGUUUGGAGGGUGUCAUCCCCAUGACACCCGUGUGCACCUAAGUGCCACCAUGCUCUGGAACAAGGGAACUCGGGGAGACCUGCCUCCUUCCUGCAGCCCUGAGUCCCAGUGAGAAGUGCCCCUGUUCCCCUCUGGACCCAGACCUGCAUUCCUUUCUUGGGCCUGGUAUGACCAAGUUCUGAGGGGCUGAAGCUGCUCGGCUUUGGAAAGGGGUAGACACUAGAGACCCAGAGAUGGCUGGAGUAAGGAGUUUCCAGUCCUGGGCUGGCAAGCCUCUCUACUUUGGAACCUUCUGUAAUACAGGACUGACUUAAGCCUUAAUUAGGGACUUGUAAGUCACUUUGGCAGUUCCAGUGUGGGAAUGCAGGUGCCUCCUGCAGGCCCAUCACCCUGCUGCCUGUUUGUGGGCUCCAGACUAUCAUGCAGGUUUUUGCUGUAGUUAGGCCUGCCACAGCCACCCUGGUGCUGAGCCCUGCCUAGUGGAUGGGCCGUUCUUAGGGUGCCACUUUUCCCUGACAAUCCUCUCCCAUGUUUGGGGGCUUGUGUUCUCCUUCCCAGUUGAGAAGCAAUAUCCUUGUACCAUUUGGAAUGUGGAACAGUUUGGCAGCCCUGAGAACACCCCCUGCCCCCAUCCUCAGGACUUUUUCCAGUUCUGAGCCCCUUUGUAGAUGCCUUCCCCUACCCACCUUCAACCCCAGGUAGCUGUCUUAAAACUACCUUUUCAAACUGCUGGCCAGUGUCUGGAUUUCUGUCCUGGAUUGUCAUCUUAGGGCAGUGACAGUCUGGCCAGUAAGUCUGUAAUGCCAAAAAGUGUGGGUGGUAUGGAACCCUCAUUUCUGCUUCUGCUGUUGGGUGGUCAGCUGGCAGGUGUGGGCUCUUCAGUUCCCUUCCAUGAAGACGCUUCCCUUCCCCAAACCAGCUCCUACGGAGUGGGCUGUGGUGUCAGGGAACUGCCAGUCUGCAAGUGUCCCCGGCAGCUCACCCCCCGCACCAAAUAAGACAUGGCCUUUGUAUAGCCAAACAGACCUCAGCAGUGUGCCUUUGGGGACAGACCCACACCCAUAGCUCCUGAGAACUGCCCACAGGCAAACCUCUGGGUCCAGCACCCAGGGGUCUUGCUGCCUGCAAACGGGAGCUGUUCACAGAAGACUAGGGCCAAGGAAGUGGGCAGCAGAGGAAGUAGCUGCUGACUGGCCAUUAGCCCCUGCCUUCCUCCCUGUCCUCAUCCAAGGUCCUCUUGCUACCUUUCUCAAGUUUAGCAGCUUAUUUUGUGCCAGACACUGCCUUAGAGACUCCUCCAAGUCCUUUGGGGGUCCCAUGAGCUGUUGGAGAAGUGUAAGUGUGGGUGUCUGGGUUGGCCAGCUUUUUUUCCCAGCCGCCAAGUCUCCAAACCCCAAUGUGGUGCCUUUUUUUUUACCAGCUACUUCAAUCCCAAAGUUGAAAUCUGCAAACACCUUACUCCCAGCCACUUUGCCUUGCUGUGUGGUGUGUUUUUCCUGGUGCUUGACAUCAGUGGUCUGAUACAAAGAGUGUGUGUGCAGUGUGCAGGCACAAGAACCCCGCUGGAGAAGCGCCCACCUGUUCCAAGUUGGUUGUCUCAUGUUUACCAAUAAAUAAAAGUAGUGUUUUUUCUAUU